AUGAGUCAAAAUCAGCAAUCCUCCUAUGGUCUGGGGAGGAAACAGCGGGGAGGAUCAGUGAAACGUGCGCGAGAGAUGCUAGAUGCUGGGGUUCGUGCGGACAAUUCAUCUCAAAACCAAAAUAAUGGAAGAAUGCCUCCACUGCCGCGACCAGAGCCGACACACAGACCCGAAUCCGGCCGUGGACAUUCACAGGAGGGAAAUGUUCAGGUUGUCUAUCAAGUCGAACAUGAUCCCAGAGGCCCAGUACCAAUCUUGCCAGUCCAAGGCCUGCAAGUGCCGAAACAUACCGAACCUCCAUCAACUUCUAGGAGAGGACCACCACCAGUUUAUUCCCAUCUGAACGCCACCUCUGUAUCUCCUAUUCCGGAGGAGAAUUUCAAGAAAUUGAAGAAGAAGAAAGAGUCUUACGCUUCGAGCACGGUCAUUCCAUCUAGCUGGGGAUCGGGCCCACCCAUGUCAGAGAUCCUUGAUUCUUACGCAUCGGAACAAGAGGAGCCGAAACGCAAACGUGAUUCAGUAGUGCUUUUGCGACAAGCAAGUUUGGGCAAGCGUGGAAAACCGUCUUUGCGUACGAUCAAUAAGCCAGAGACAGAAGCACCAUUGUUACAUGAAAAGUCCAAUAAGUCUAAUGACAGCAACUUGGGAUUUUCUACUGUCAACGUUUUAGAGCGGCGGGCAUCUCUAGAUUCUGUCUCGACCGAUACCGACUCUAUAGACCUAGAAAAGGAGAUGAUACAGAUUGAGAAUGAGCAGAAAGCGCGAAGCAUUGGGAUUGGUCUGGGGCUGGGCCUGCCUGGUGCAGGGAUGAGUAGCAGAAAACCCAACUCUCAUCGUCCGCCUCGCCUGGAUAUGGAUGCCGUGCGGGCAGCUGAAGUCCAGGGUAGCCUCACCAGCUUACCUGAUCUCAUUCGACGUGCUACAAAGGUGGCCUCGAAUCUGGAACGCGGAAAGACAGCGAGCCGUCUUGGUAUUUUAGAUAUGUUUGACAUUGGAAAGGAAGGCAAACGCGGCUCUAACCAUCGGACGUCAGCAUCGCUCUCGGAUAUUUUGGCAUCGUUUCCACCACCUCGCACUGGUACGCCGGAUAAUAGUGUCCGAACUUCAUGGCCAUUUCCACCAACUAAUGCUACCGAGAAGUCUAGAUUACGGCAGAUGCGGCUUAACUCGGUGGAAGAAGCUGAAGAUGCUAGUAAACCUGGUAGACGCUUCUGUGGCAUGUCUCGGCGACUUUUCAUUUUCAUAUGCAUUGUCGUAUUUUGUAUCAUCGCAGCAGCAGUGAUUAUCCCUGUGGUUCUGGUGGUCGUUCCUCGGGAAAGAGAUCAUUCUUCAACAACAGCAACAAGUACUGCCAAUACGACGGCGACGACAAUGACUUGCGAGCAAAAAUUGCCCUGUAUGAACGGUGGCGUGAGCAUUAAAAGCGGCACAACGUGCGCGUGUGUUUGUGUUGAUGGAUACUCAGGGACCCAGUGCGGCAAGGCUAGUGAUGGCAGCUGCACAACAACGGAGACCUCUGAGAGUAACAAUGCUACUAUUGGAAGCUCUCUUCCCGAUCUGUUGACCCAGUCAGAGAGUUAUUUCGGUAUCCCGCUGAACGAGACGGAGAUCCUGAGUCUGUUUAAUGCUAACAACGUCUCUUGUACUGUGCAAAAUGCGUUGGUCUCGUUUGGCGGAGUCUCUUCCAAACACCGGCGCCGAGCAUCCCCGACUGAGAUUAGGGAUCUAGAAACAGAGCCACAGAUAACUAGCGGAUAUAUGGGGGUCAAACUUACUAGGACAUUUAUCAAUAGAGCAGAGGCAACAGAAACCACAGACGUUCCGCCAAUUCUGAAUGUUCCCACAGGUACAACCACCUCUGCUGCUACCGAGACCGCAGGAGGAGCGGCUGUAAUAGCGACGGGCACAACUUCAGCACCAACGACGACGGCAUCAGCAACAUCGACGGCAGCGUCGGCGUCGGCGUCGGUCUCGGUUAGUGCGGCAGUGUCUCAGGUGUAUGAGUUUGCAAGUGUUGCCGUCCUUUACCUAUUUGAGCAGACCCGUGACCUUAAUGCGACCUCGACGGCACAGCACGAGAUUGAUCUUUAUCUUCUGUCUCAGUCAAUCGGCACAAGUUCUAACAGCCUGGAAAUGAGCGUCCACCUGCCGGAGACGUUUGCUCUCAACUUUAGCAAUUUUACCAUCACUUUUUCAAACGGGACCGUUGUCGGCGGUGGCAAUGGGACAGCCACAUAG